AUGACUGCGGGAGCAAGGGAAAAGGGUGAUGAAGAAAAGAUGAACAAAUAUGCUCUUUCCUGUACUAUAGUUAUCUCUAUGAUCUCCAUAAUAUUUGGUUAUGAUACUGGUGUUAUGAGUGGUGCUAUGAUAUUCAUAGAAGAAGAUCUCAAAAUCAAUGACAUCCAAGUGUCAGUCCUCGCCGCAAUCCUAAACCUAUGCGCCCUGGUGGGUUCACUUAUAGCCGGGAGACUCUCAGAUUAUAUCGGUCGUCGUUACACAAUUGUUGCGGCCGCCAUAGUUUUCUUGGUCGGCUCGGUUCUGAUGGGCUAUUCCCCGAACUAUCCGGUACUACUUUCCGGAAGGUGCAUUGCUGGGAUUGGCGUCGGCUUUGCACUUAUGAUUGCACCUGUUUACACUGCGGAGAUUUCUCCUCCUAAAUCCCGCGGUUUCCUGACCUCCCUUCCGGACAUGGCCAUUAGCUUUGGCAUCUUACUUGGCUAUGUCUCAAACUUCUUCUUCGCCAAACUGAGUCUGACACUUGGAUGGAGGAUGAUGCUUGGUGUUGCAGCAAUCCCUUCGCUUGGCUUGGCUAUAGGCAUCCUCAAAAUGCCUGAGUCUCCCAGGUGGCUUACAAUGAAAGGCCGUUUAGGUGAAGCCAAGAAAAUGUUGUUGAAGAUAUGCAGCAGUGAAGAAGAAGCCGAGAUGCGGUUCAAGGACAUCAAAGCUGCAGCAGGGAUCGAUGAAAACACCACAGGCGAUUUUGUAAAGCGUUCCAACGAGGAACAGGGCGGAGGAGCUUGGAAAGAGCUGUUGCUAAGGCCUACACCCUCCGUCCGAUGGAUUUUAUUCGCAGCAGUUGGACUUCAUUUCUUCGACCACGCAACGGGCAUUGAGGCGAUUCUGUUAUACAGUCCAAGAAUCUUCAAGGCAGCCGGAGUCCACAGCAAGAAAAAGCUCUUGCUUGCAACUGUCGGGGUAGGGAUAACGAAGACGGUGUUUAUAUCUGUGGCUACGUUUCUUCUUGACAGAGUUGGAAGGAAGCCACUGUUGAUGAUAGGCACAUCGGGUAUGGUUAUAGCCUUAGCAGUAUUAGGGUUUGCCCUCACCAUGGUGGAGAACACAAAAGAGAAGCUGAUGUGGGCGCUGAUCGUCAGCAUUAUUGCCGUCUAUACAUUUGUUGCCUUCUUUUCUAUGGGGAUUGGGCCCAUCGCGUGGGUGUAUCUCUCCGAGAUAUUCCCCCUCAGGGUGAGGGCGCUUGGCGUUGGCAUUGGGGUGGCUGUGAAUCGUCUCAUGAAUGCAACGGUUUCGUUUAGUUUCAUUUCAAUUUACAAAGCAAUGACAAUGGGCGGAGCCGCCUUCAUGUUUUGUGGCCUUGGUAUGUUGUCUAUGGUGUUCUUCUAUUUCUUCUUGCCAGAGACCAAGGGGAAGACUUUGGAAGAGAUUGAGGUGCUCUUUGGGAAAAAGGAGAAGGAAGUUGCCAUAGAAUCUCAGCCCAUGAGGCAUCAGUACCAAUAG